GACAGCUGUUGAAAGAAACGACCACGAACAGCCAAAUAUUGUCAGUGUUUUAUCCGGUUAGAGACGUAUUGUUUUUAUUUUUUUAAUUGGCCUAUGGCACAACACAAACUUUAUCACUCGGCAGUGAGUUUUUAAAAGGGAUGAAAAGACUCAAGAGGGAGAAACAAAAGGCAGGAGUUGGAGUGAAUGGGAAUGGGUCUGUCACCAGAGAGCCGGGUUGUGGGAGGAAACAGAAGCUGGCUGAGAUCCAUCAGGCUUUGAUCAGUGAUCCAGUGGACAUUGAGACCCUGAGGAGAGCAGCAGCCAGUAAAGGAGGACUGCUCACUGAUGAACUGAGGAGGAAAGUGUGGCCCAAACUACUGAACAUCAAUGUGUACGAGCUGCCACAUAAACCUGGUCGAGAUGUGAGGGAUAACCACAAGGACUACAACCAGGUAGUCCUGGAUGUCAGGAGGUCCAUGAAGCGGUUCCCGAAAGGUAUGCCAUCCACAGAGAGAGCCGUGCUCCAGGAGCAGCUGAUUGAUAUCAUUCUGGCGGUUUUGAAACACAACCCUCAGCUCCAUUACUACCAGGGCUACCACGAUGUGGCCGUCUCUCUGCUGCUGGUAGUGGGAGAGCAGAUGGCCAUCGCCAUGCUGGACACACUGUCCAAUUACCAUCUCAGGGAUUUCAUGGAUCCUACCAUGGACAGCACUAAACACAUUUUAAACUACCUGAUGCCUAUAUUGGAGCAAGUUGAUAGAGAACUACAUGACUUCAUGAUCAGAGCGCGAGGUGGGAAACAUCUUCGCUUCCCCUGUCCUGGCUCAUCCACGUGGGUUCGGUCACGUGCUGUCAGAGUUGCAAACACACCUGAGCUCUACGACUUUCUUCCUGGCCUCACACCCAGCCUGAGUGCCCAUCUAAACCCUCGCCGCUACGGUCAAGAAGGGCAGAGAAGCGCACAGAUGAAACCCAGGAGGCCAAUUGGGUGUCACAAGAGGAAGGAGUGUGAAGCAGACGAGUGUGACAUGGCCGUGGUCCACCCCACGCUUCUUCGUCUGACGCGUGUUCGACAAGUACCCUUCCAUCAUCUACUGGCCAGCGGCAGCACUGCAGUUCGCAAGAGUCUGUCCAUCAGCACCUUCCAGGCAUUUCAGCUCUCCACCCUCCACCAGAGGCCCGACUCUGUUCUCCGACGACUCACUAAGGCCCAUGGCUCCUCCACCUCCAAACACGGCUUGGAAGCAGCUUUGCCCCGGGACCGAGGCCAGUUGUGGGGGAAGGGGAACAGGAUGGUGAAGAUGGCUGUGUGGGGGCUGUCCGCCACGCUCGGGGCAGCCGUGUUCGCUGUGGCUCACACGGCCAUGGACUGGGGACCUGAGGUGUUACUACAGCUGUUCUGAUGUGAUGCGGUGGGGAUUUAGACUGUUAGACACAUACACACACACACACACACACACUGACACAUGGUGACAGCAGACACACAUCUGCUCUUCAGAUGGAUUAACAAUGAACAUUUAUACACAAAUAAAGAAGUUGAAGACUUGAUGCUCAUCUCUCCUGCUGAGAGGAAACAUUGGAAGAAAACAAAAAGCAGGAGGAGGUCAGUUAUCUUGGUGCCAAACAGGUUGUUGCUACUCAACCACGAUGAACAUAUGUUAACCACUUGCCAGCCUCAGGAUGUGUGUGCAUGUGUGCGAGUGGGUGUAUGUGUGUUUGUAUGUUUCUAAGCAAGUAUCGCAGACCUCAAACCGCGUGGAUUGAUAACUGAUAUAUGAACUACUGUUGUUUGAUUGAAUUGUCAAAAACUACGCUAGGACCCCUGGGCAAAAGCUUCUCUCUGAAGUGACUGUGAACCUUUUAAAAAGUCAAACAAAUGACCACCAAGAGACGCAAAACAACUACAAAAAGACGCAAAACGCCCACAAAAAGAUGCAAAAUGACUACAAAAGAAAGACCCAAAACUGCCAGACAGACACAAAGCAACCACAGAGACUCAAAAUAACUACAAAGAAAUGCAAACUGACUACAAAGAGACACAAAACAACCUGAGAAAAGACACAAAACCACUAGAGACUCAAAAAAACUACACAAGGGACACAAAACAACCACAAAUAGACACAAAAUGACCUCAGAAAUGCAAAAUGACAACAAAGAGACCUAAAACAACCAGAAAGAGACUCAAAAUAACCACAAAGAGACUCAAAAGAACCACAAAAUGACCAUGAACUGACACAAAACGUCCACAAAGAGACGUGAAUGAGUUGUUUGCAGUUGUUCUGUGUCUGUGUGGGGCUCUUGCUCUUAUGUAGGGGAGGGGAGGGGGGCCGCCGCACGCUCUUGUUUGGCCUCAUAAUCCAUCCAUGCAUGUGAGACAUUAACACUUCUUGCUUUUUCAGGCUUUGCUCACGCGUUACAUGUUACGUCGGUGUAACAUUUUAAAAAUGUGUCUCUGUGUGUUACCUGUUAGCUGAUUAUUUUACUGAUGACUCGUUUUUAGACAUGCCAUGCUUGUUUUGUUGCAUUGCUGUUGAUGGUUGAUUUUAAUGCGCUUGUUGGAUCAGCAGCCAUAUCUGAGAGCCAAAAGUGCCCGUAGCCAGCACUGAUGACACAUGAAUACAAAUUAUUAAAGAGCAGUGUUUUCUGCUGAAAGCUUCCAGUUAAGAGCAAAAGAAAGAGAGAGCGGGAGAGAAAUGGGAAAGAUGGAGGAAGAGAUUUUGCCUGUGAGCCACUGGUAUUAAUUGCUUUACUCCAGGUGUCAGCAAAUUACAUUUACAGUAGAGUUUGACACGCAAAACGAGCUGUUGCUGCCCCCAAAAUGUGAACAUAACACGCAGUUAGUGGCCACACUCGAUGCGAGCAGUUGGGGCCUUUUGCAGAUGCAUUUUUUACAGGAAGUAUUGAAAUACAUAUUUUUUUUAAUAUGUUAUUUUUGAUAUUUUCCGUAGCUUGUCUGGCUGUUGUGGCCCACCACUGCUGAAUGAAUAUGGGGAAGACACCAGUACUUUUACAUUCUUAAAAUAUUUAGUAGGUUUGCGCCAACAUCCACCCCGAACAGCCGUCAACAGAGCUACACUACAUGUACUCAGUUCUUCCUCAACAUCAUAUUUCUCCCCAGUAUUUUAUUCUGUAGAUUCACUUAAAAAUGUACAAAGGUACAUUCGGACUGGUCAUUUACACAUAUACCAUUAGCAAAAGUUUUUUUUUUUUUAUAUUUGUGGAAGAAGUAAACUAACUGCAUCGUCUCAAGAGGGCACCACACAUACUUUAUUUAUUAUCGGACCAAAGUGUUCGUUUGACCAUAAAUGUAAUUGGAGUUUCAUAACCUGAAAGGUGAAUAUAAAUAAUACAGACUGUUUCCACCUGAGGUACAUACAUAUGUACAGAACAAACAGCAAUGCAUGCUCUGGUUGUUGAUUUAUAUUCUGAAACAUUCAUCAGCUUUUACUCGGUUGUAGCCAAGCUGCUGCGUCUGUUUACUGGAGUCACAACCCUCUCCUCCCUCCUCGCCCCUGGCUUCGAAUGUCACAUUUUUGCACAGCUGGAUGUAAAGUUUACACUGUUGAUUUUUAGUUGCACAUCCAUUCAACGGGUAUUUGCUUUGCUGUGUAUGAAAUUACAGUAGUAAAUGUGUUGCACGAGUUCUCCAGAAAGUCACAUUUUUAGCCUUCAGGGCGAUCUAAGAAGAACUGCAGCUGAGUAGUUAACAAGCCGGUCAAUCAAUCUACCACUCCAUUAAGUAGUUAGUUGCAGGCAUUCUUCAGAAAAAGCCAAUUGCUGUGAUUUUUAUUGGUGAUAAUCAGUCGGACAAUAAAUCAAUCAAUGGGCUGUAAUGGAGUUAGUCGGCUGGCCUGUUAGCCAGAUUCAGACAUCUAGUGCAUCAGUAACCUUUGAGGCUGGUUUAAUAACCUUGUACAUCAUGUAAAACAUCACAUGUGCAAUGUGAGUGUGUGUGUGUGUGUGUGUGUGUGUGUGUGAGAUAUAUAUAU